CCCUGCUUCACUUUCACAGAUGGACUUGGGCAUUCCAGCAAUGACCAAGUGUUGCAACCAGCUGGAUGUCUGCUAUGACACCUGUGGUGCCAACAAAUACCGCUGUGAUGCAAAAUUCCGAUGGUGUCUCCACUCCAUCUGCUCCGACCUCAAGCGGAGCCUGGGCUUUGUCUCCAACGUGGAAGCCUGUGAUUCUCUGGCUGACACCGUGUUCAACACCGUGUGGACCUUGGGCUGCCGCCCCUUUAUGAACAGUCAGCGGGCGGCCUGCAUCUGUGCGGAGGAGGAGAGAGAAGAGCUAUGAAGACAAGGCGAUUCUGCCAGACUUUCAGUCACACCAGGGCUCAGUUUCAGAAAUGGUGCUGUGACGGAGGUACCGUCCUUGUCCUUUCUUCCAACCCUUCGGAGACCACAAGCUGGAGAAGGGAAACAGCAGGCCUUGUCUUUUGAGAAAGUUAAGAAAAAGAUGUGCAGAGUCUGAAGACUGUUUACGCUAACAUUGGUCGCCCCAGCUAAGACACACACACCUGGAAAUUCAGUUCAGCUGGAAGAGAACUAGCUCCUGCUAUCCCUAGAUCUGAUCAUGAUAGUCAUAAGCCAAAUCUGGGGGAGCCCAAACACUUAUUUGGGAGAUAAGGACUUUUCUCUGGUCCACGUUUCAGUUGCCAGUUUAGCACCUCACAUUUAAUAAAGCGCACUUUUUAGAAAACUUGAAGAGAGAUGAAUGAAUUCCAUUUUCAUGUACAGUUCUAUUUCACUUGAGGACAGAAUCCAGGCUGGUAAGUUCUGCCCAUGAGGAUGCUAAGGGUGCUUAAGAGACAAACCCUGGGCAAGCAGGCCCUUGUCAAUAAAGGUUGGGUGGGGUUAGGGUCCUGAGGGUCCAGGGCUCCUCCAGUGGCCACUCCUAUGGGUAUGCCCCCAUUGGCAUGCUCAGACUCCAAGCUGUGUGAGAGUCAUUUGAAGAUCCGAGAUGUGUCUGGUUAGGGUAGAAGACGUGCCUACAAAUGACAGGAAGUGACGCCAUUCCCUCAACUGUGGCCCUCAGCACUGACUGUGGAUUAGGAGUACUUGUGGGCCCUUAAAUGUAGCCAGUCAAGCCUGGGGCUGUGCCCAGGCUACUUCCAACACUGAAGGUAUUCUGUUGCUCCCAGAAGGCCAUCAGUGUAGAUCAUAAUUAGCCAACAAAGCCACACCAGCCAGAUUGAGCCCAAGGCCCGCUGUUUUGUACAUUUUCAAAUGCAGCCACAUUUACUUUCAUCUUUGUUUAAAGCUGCUUUCACUGUGUAAUGUCAGAGAGAGGUUAUGACAAGGACUGAAAGACCCCAAAGUCUAAAACAGUCACCUUUGGCUUUGGUUUCUGACCCUAAAUUCUCACUUCCUCUCUUCCCCCUCCUAAUUUCAUUAAGUUGAACCAGAAUUGUCAAUCAUCCCUCGUGGCAAUUAGAGAGAGAGAGAGAAGAAAUGAAUCGUCCAUUGCAGCCUCUUUGAGAAAGAAAAAGAAACCUUUGUUGAUUAUAUGUAAAGUCAGAGUUAACUGGAGUAUCAAGGAGCCAAAUUCAGCUGCAGAUAACAUUCAUCUUUGUAGUUUAUGAUAUUUAUUUCAAUAAAAUUUAUUGAGCACCUGCAAA